AUGGGCACCAAUAAAGAGAUGAUCUUAUUUCUGCAUGCGAUUUGCCUGGAUCUCAGCCAACAACCAGGAUCCAUACAAGUUCCUGGCAUCAUGUCACCAAUUUCUCUAAGGAUUCUUCUCCUAGCUUUGUUCUUCACUGCUUUAAUGCCACAAAAAUCAGAGGGUCAAUUUGAGGAAUGGUGCAUAGCUGAUGAGCAAACCCCAGAUGAUGAGCUGCAAAGGGCCAUGGAUUGGGCCUGUGGAAAGGGAGGUGCAGAUUGCAGCAAGAUAAAACAAACGAAUCAACCUUGUUAUCUGCCAAACACAAUAAGAGAUCAUGCCUCUUAUGCCUUCAAUAAUUAUUAUCAGAAGUUUAAGCAUAUAGGCGCAACUUGUUACUUCAAUGCUGCUGCUCUCAUCACUGAUCUUGAUCCAAGUCAUCACUCUUGCAAGUUUGAGUAUCUUCCUUGA